UUCCAAACCCUUUUAAUAGGCGCUCAAUAUGUUCAGUUAAAAGACUUCAGACUUCCCAAACAUUUUUCUUCUUCUUCUUCUCUUCCUCUCUCUUGUUUCUCUCUCAUCAUCAUCAACUCAUACCAUUUAAUUUCUUCAUCAUCAAUUCAUCACCAUCAAAUUUAACAUAAUCAGACGCUCUUAAUCAAUUGAUGGACGGUGGAGGAUGGGGACUUGCUCUUGAAUCAUCAUCAUCUGAUCAUAGGCUCAUCACAUCCAAUAAUUUCUUUGCUAAUUCAUCUUCUUCAUCAAUUCUCAACAACAAGAAACAUACUAAUAAUAGUAUCAUGAGCAAGAACAAUAAUAAUACUCAGCUGUUUCAAGGUCUAGACUUCCCAGUAAAUCUGCACCGUCGAGGAUCAAAUGAUCAUGAUCAUGAUCAUCAGCUCGAAGAUCAUGAUCAUGAUCAUGAUAAUAAGGUUGUAGUUGGUGAAGUUGAUUUCUUUUCUGAUCAUAAGAAUAAUAAUAUUAGUGUAAAUAGAUCAUCAUCAUCAUCAGCUUCUCAUCAUCAACAACAACAACAACAACAACAUCGUGUGAAGGAGGAAACUUCUUCUCGUGAUCAUCAUCAUGCUGCUGCUGUACCUGUACCUGAUCCCAACCUCGAUGUAAAUACUGGUCUGCAUCUUCUCACAACCAAUACAGGAAGCGAUCAAUCUACAGUAGAUGAUGGUGCUUCUUCGGAUGCAGAAGAUAAGAGAAACAAAAACGAGCUAAUAGUACUUCAAGCUGAACUACAACGUAUGAAUACCGAAAAUCAGAAGUUGAAAUCCAUGCUAUCUCAAGUGAGCAAUAACUACAAUGCCCUCCAAAUGCACUUAGUUACUCUAAUGCAGCAACAACAAAAUCAUCGAAAGGGUGAAAGUAAUACACAGUUACACGAGGAAACUAUGCAAGGAAAGGUUGAAGAGAAGGAAAUUGUGCCGCGCCAAUUCUUAGAUUUGGUUCCUGGUGCAAAUACUGAAGGCGAUGAGCUAACGUCGCAAACUUUGUCCGACGAUGAGAGGACGGUGGACCGCUCUAGCUCACCACGAAAUGCGAUGGAAGUAGCGUCAAGGAACAACAAUAAAGAGUUAAUGCUAGCUAAUUAUGAUAAUGGGAAGAGAAUAAGGGAUGAAAGUCCUGAAGAUUCAGCCACACAAGGUUGGGUGCAUAAUAAGGUUCCUAAGUUGAUGAACAAUAUUCCUAAGGCUACUAGUCCUCCAGUGGAUCAUGCCGCGGCUGAAGCUACAAUGAGAAAAGCUCGUGUAUCGGUUCGAGCUCGAUCUGAAGCACCCAUGAUAAGUGAUGGAUGUCAAUGGAGAAAAUAUGGACAAAAGAUGGCAAAGGGUAACCCUUGCCCUAGAGCUUAUUAUCGGUGCACAAUGGCUGUUGGUUGUCCCGUUCGCAAACAAGUCCAAAGAUGUGCAGAAGACAGAUCAAUAUUGAUCACAACAUAUGAGGGAAACCACAAUCACCCACUACCACCAGCUGCAAUGGCAAUGGCCUCCACCACCUCAGCCGCGGCGAGCAUGCUCCUCUCAGGCUCGAUGCCGAGUGGCGAUGGGCUAAUGAACCCAAAUUUCCUAGCUAGAACCAUACUCCCUUGCUCAUCAAGCAUGGCAACAAUUUCAGCUUCAGCACCAUUCCCAACUGUUACCUUGGACUUAACUCACUCACCAAACCCUCUCCAAAGACCAUCUGGUCCUCAAGCAAACACUCCUUUCCAAGUUCCUUUUCCACCUCCAACUGCCCAAGUGGGACCCAACUUUUUGAGCUCAAUUCCCCAAAUAUUUGGUCAAGCUUUGCUUAAUAAUAAUAAUAAUAAUAGUAAUCAAUCAAAGUUUUCUGGCCUACAAACUUCAACUCCCCAAGGCUUAAACGCAGCGCAUUUGCAACUUCCCAAUCAAAACGCUGCGUUUUCUGACACUCUAAGCGCGGCAACUGCUGCCAUCGCCUCCGAUCCUAACUUCACAGCCGCGCUUGCAGCUGCGAUCUCAUCGAUCAUCGGAGGAGCUCGUCCUCCGAAUGAUAACAACAAUAAUGCCCCUGGAAGCUCACCUAGUGGUGUUACUACUAGUAGUGGGAACCAUGCUAAUAAUAAUGUCACUUCUAGUAAUAGCAUGCAACAACAAUAGGAACGCAACAAAGGGAGGCAGUUGUGCAAAUAGAAAUAUACUAUUAUCUGCUUUAUAUUACGUUGCUUUGUGUUUAGCUAAAAUAUUUUUUUUUUCCCCUUUGCUUUUGGUUUAGUAUAUUAAGUACUUAUUAUAGUAGAUUUUAGGAAAGGGAUAAGAAUGAGGUAAAAAAAAAUGUUCAUAUUCUUUUUUUUCUUUUUUUUUUCUAGUAGGUCUUUGUUCUUGGAGACUUACAGAGGACAGGUUCAUUCUUUGAUCAUAUCAUUAUUUUGUUUUUGAAUAAUUUGAUCCGAUUUUCGGUAAAUACACUGUGGGAGAUAGAAAUUAAGCUGAGCCUUUUGUAGUUUCAGUGUUUUAAUAUAAUAAUUCUUCAAUUUCCAGCACUA